UAUUAUUGCCUCACGCGCUUUACUCACAAUAAAAGACGCCUAGGGCCCAUUCAUUCCCGGAACGCCAGCCGUGCCAUAAACAACAAAUAAGUACAUUCCAAUCCCCCGUCGCCAGGACAAUACAAUUAUUGGCGCUGAUCUGCGCAUUCGUUACGUUCAACGUCAUAUUUUCCCGUUCCUGUACCUAUACGUGGCUGCAUGGACAUGUCCAAGAAACCGAAAGCGAGACAGUUCCAGGUGGACCGUCUACGUCACGCGCGCUAUAUCUCCCGCCUCGGUGCUGCGCCACUCCCGAGUAACGGAAUGGUGCCUCAGGGCCCAGAUAAGCCAAGCCUCCCCCGCCCUUUCCUCUGCUGCGUCAUCGUCAUCGUUGCAGGGGGAAAGGGGGAUAAAACGCUGAAACGAAUGAAAAAGGCGCACAACAGCCAAUCAGAAAUCUGUAAUGAAGGAUGGGGGGCAGAGAUUUGCGAUGAAAAGAUUGGCGCCCGUUCCCUAUCAGGAAAGGAUUCUCGUCUUUUGAAUUUUUGGCUCGCGAAUGUUCCAUCGGGAAAACAAUUUUCAUAUCCUUGCCCGAGGUCCGAGGGUCGGCGGCGUUCAUUCCCAUGGAAGAGAAGCGGGUAUUGGGUAUUGUGCGCUAUGGGAUACAGUUGAACAUGAAAAUACGACGAAACAUAGGGGAAAGCCGAAGAAAAACAGUGGGACAUGAAUCAUAAAGAAAUAUGAAUGUUGCGAGAAAAAGUGCACCGUCAACGGUAGCCAACACGAGUGUAGCCCUUCUCCUCUCUGACAUUACUGACGCCCAUUCUCUCUCGCCUAGCCAUCUCAGGCUCGUCGUUAAAGUCAUAAUCGUACACCCUCCUUCGAACUCUCUCAUCCUCAUACCGCGGAAAGACAGCUGCCUG